AGGGCGGGGCCAGCAGGGGGACCUGCUGCUGGAAGAGCCUUGGCCCGGGCCGGGGCCAUGGCGAAGCUGCUGAGCUGCGUCCUGGGCCCCCGGCUUUACAAGAUCUACCGGGAGAGGGCCUCUGAAAGGGCCCCGUCCAGCGUUCCUGGGACUCCAACUUCAGUCACUAACCCCCCUUCCAGCUCCUGGGAUACGUACUAUCAGCCCCGUGCCCUCGAGAAACAUGCUGACAGCAUCCUGGCACUGGCUUCAGUCUUCUGGUCCAUCUCUUACUACUCCUCUCCCUUCGCCUUCUUCUACUUGUACAGGAAAGGUUACUUGAGUUUGUCCAAAGUGGUGCCAUUUUCUCACUAUGCUGGAACAUUGCUUCUACUACUGGCAGGAGUGGCCUGCCUCCGAGGCAUCGGCCGCUGGACCAACCCCCAGUACCGGCAGUUCAUCACCAUCUUGGAGGCAACACAUAGGAACCAGUCUGUAGAAAACAAGAGGCAGCUUGCCAACUACAACUUUGACUUCAGGAGCUGGCCAGUUGACUUCCACUGGGAAGAACCCAGCAGCCGAAAGGGGCCCCGGGGGGGGCCUUCUCGUCGGGGCGUGGCCCUGCUCCGCCCAGAGCCCCUGCACCGGGGGACUGCAGACACCUUCCUCAACCGAGUCAAGAAGCUGCCUUGUCAGAUCACCAGCUACCUGGUGGCACACACCCUGGGGCGCCGGAUGCUGUAUCCGGGCUCUGUGUACCUGCUCCAGAAGGCCCUCAUGCCUGUGCUGCUGCAGGGCCAGGCCCGGCUGGUGGAAGAGUGCAACGGGCGCCGGGCAAAGCUGCUAGCCUGUGACAGCAACGAGAUUGACACCAUGUUUGUGGACCGGCGAGGGACAGCUGAGCCCCAGGGACAGAAGCUGGUGAUCUGCUGUGAGGGGAACGCGGGCUUCUAUGAAGUGGGCUGCCUCUCCACACCUCUGGAAGCUGGAUAUUCAGUCCUGGGCUGGAACCAUCCCGGCUUUGCUGGAAGCACGGGGGUGCCAUUCCCGCAGAACGAGGCCAAUGCCAUGGAUGUGGUGGUCCAGUUUGCCAUCCAUCGCCUGGGCUUCCAGCCCCAGGACAUCAUCAUCUAUGCCUGGUCCAUCGGCGGCUUCACUGCUACGUGGGCAGCCAUGUCCUACCCAGAGGUUAGUGCCGUGAUCCUGGAUGCCUCCUUUGAUGACCUAGUGCCCUUGGCCUUGAAGGUGAUGCCAGACAGCUGGAGGGGCCUGGUGACCAGGACUGUGAGGCAGCAUCUCAAUCUAAACAAUGCGGAGCAGCUGUGCAGGUACCAGGGCCCUGUGCUGCUGAUCCGCAGGACCAAGGAUGAGAUCAUCACCACCACGGUUCCUGAGGAUGUCACGUCUAACCGAGGCAAUGACCUCCUACUGAAGCUCCUGCAGCAUCGGUAUCCCCGUGUAAUGGCAGAGGAGGGUCUUCAAGUGGUGAGGCAGUGGCUGGAGGCCUCCUCACAGCUGGAGGAAGCCUCGAUUUAUAGCCGAUGGGAGGUGGAGGAGGACUGGUGCCUGUCCGUCCUCCGCUCCUACCAGGCAGAACAUGGGCCGGAAUUCCCCUGGAGUGUGGGGGAGGACAUGAGUCCAGAAGGAAGGCGGCAACUGGCUUUGUUUCUGGCUCAGAAGCAUCUGCACAACUUCGAAGCCACACACUGUACCCCACUCCCGGCCCAGAACUUCCAGACGCCCUGGCACCUCUAGGGACCACACUGGGACUUGUUCUGGAAGAACGGAUGGGAGGAGACAUGAGGAAGACAUGUGAUUUUCUGUUUAUUUUGCUGUUUAUAGUCUGUGGCAAGCGGGGGGACCAUCCCCCUCUCACUGUUCCUCUUGCACGUUUCCCCUCAUCCAUCCGGCAGUACCUAACCUUCCCCAACACACUCCCUGCAUUAAAUGAAUGGAUUAUUCCUAAUAAUUAAUAAAAGUAUUUUUUCUA